AUGUGUCCCGGGGGAGAGAGGUCGGGUCUGGGGGAGGAGGAGGUGGAAGAGGUGGAGGUGUUUCCCGGGGAGUAUGGAGGAAAGUGCCCGCUGAGGAGGAGCUCUGCGGCGGACUGGGACAGAAGAUCCGGGCCUUGUCGCAGCUCUCAGCGUGCAGCUCCAGCUCUGCCGUCUCUCCUCAGCCACUGCAGAGGAACGGAACCACUGGUGCUUUUGCUGUAG